CCGUGCGCCUCUCCGUCCCCAGCUCUCAAUUAUUAACGGGAGCGGAUUUAAAAACGCCACGGCCCAGCUGAGGCUGAGGCUGAGGCUGAGGCCGAGGCGGAGUCCCCCACUCUGACUGUCGGACACCACUAUCUUUCCCCUUUCUUCCUCUGCGCUUCCAUCCCACUUUUUCCCAUUUUAAUAACAUCGAUAACAUCGAUAGAGGUAGAGGGCUAAUAGGGACUAGGGGGGAGGGGGGAGAAGGGGGGAAACUCAAAGAGUCAAGAAGAAGAGAUGCUGCUGCUAGCGGAGGUCCAUCCGUUCCUCGUCCUCGUCCUCGUCGUCCUCGUCCUCCUAAGCCUCCUGGCCGUCGCGAUUAGGAGGAAGGGCGCCGGCAGGAAGCGCGAGGUAGGGGGAGGCGGCCGUAGCAGGAGGCGUAGGCUGCCGCCGGGGAGCGUGGGGCUUCCGCUGGUCGGGGAGACGCUGAAGCUGAUCGCGGCGUACAAGACGGAGAACCCGGAGCCCUUCAUCGACGAGCGCGUGCGGCGGCACGGGCGGCUCUUCACGACGCACGUGUUCGGGGAGCGCACGGUGUUCUCGGCGGACCCGGAGUUCAACCGGCUGGUGCUGGCGGGCGAGGGGCGGGGGGCGGUGGAGUGCAGCUACCCCUCCUCCAUCUCCACGCUGCUGGGCCCCCACUCGCUGCUGCUGAUGCGGGGCCCGCUCCACAAGCGCCUGCACUCCCUCACCCUCACCCGCCUCGCUGUGCGCCUGCUGGACCAGGCCAAGAAGAUCACCUUCGAGCUCACCGUGAAGCAGCUGAUGAGCUUCGACCCGGGGGAGUGGACCGAGUCCCUCCGCCGCGAGUACGUCCUCCUUAUCGACGGCUUCUUCUCCAUCCCCUUCCCUUCCUUCCUUUCCUUCACCACCUACGGCCGCGCCCUCAAGGCACGGAAGAAGGUGGCUGAGGCGCUGAGGGAGGUGAUAAGGAAGAGGAAGGAAGCGAAGAAGAAGAGGACAACACGGGGUGAGAAAGGGCUGGAGGACCAAGAAGCAGCGGCAGAAAAGCAGGGCCUACCGACGGUGGCGUCAGGGAGGAGGCAUAUGUAUAAGAAGGAUAUGGUGGAGGAGCUGCUGGAGGCAGAAGGUGGGAGCCUGUCAGAGGAGGAGAUGGUGGACUUCCUGUUGGCCCUGCUGGUGGCCGGCUAUGAGACCACCUCCACCAUCAUGACCUUGGCCGUCAAGUUCUUAACCGACACCCCUUCCGCGCUCGCCCUCCUCAGGGGAGAACAUGACAAAAUCAGAGCCAUGAAAAAGGACGAGAUGGAGCCCCUGGACUGGAGCGAUUACAAGUCAAUGCCCUUCACACAAUGUGUGAUAAAUGAGACGCUUCGAGUAGCAAACAUUAUAAGUGGUGUUUUUAGGCGAGCAGUCAGUGAUGUUCAUUUCAAAGGCUACACAAUUCCAAAGGGUUGCAAAGUCUUCACAUCAUUCCGAGCAGUUCACCUUGAUCCGGAGCACUAUGAGAAUGCUCGAACAUUUAAUCCUUGGAGAUGGCAGGGCAACGAAGCCCUCCAACAGGCGGGCAGUGCUGGUGUAUUUACUCCCUUUGGUGGGGGACCUCGGUUGUGCCCGGGUUAUGAGCUUGCCCGUGUUGUCAUCUCUGUAUUCCUUCACCAUCUUGUCACCCGAUUUAGCUGGGAUGCAGUGGAGGAAGACAGGCUAGUCUUCUUUCCAACCACCCGGACUCUAAAGGGCUACCCCAUCAACGUACGACUGCGGUGCAGAACUCCUUGCUGACCUGCUGUAGAGCUAGCUAGCUGCUGCUGCUAUUUCUUGCAAAGUAAACUUGUGGUAAGAGAGAAAAAGAAACUAGUUGAUCUUUUUGACUGUAGCUGUAGUGUAGCCUAGCUCAUCAAUUUCAGUGUCAUUCUGUUAAAUGUCAUAUAGUAUACAAUCCCUGCAUGUGCGUGAGAGCAGUGGGACGUCCUGUUGUAUUUGGGUGUAUCGGUCUAAUGCUUUAUGUCUGUUAGCUAUACAUAUACUAAUAGCAAAUUAUCCUGGUGACCCCCUCUUGUUGAUGUCGGCUUAAGGGUGCUCUCAUGGCCCAUGCUCUGCGACAAUACGAACGCCCUUGAAGAGAAAAAAGAUAUCAGUAGAAUUAUCAUGUGAUUGCAUUCCAACUUUAAUACUUCAUUGAAAA